UCUGUUUUUCUAUAUUUUUUUCAAUUACUUAUUAGGAGGAACUGAAGUGUUGGUCUAACCUUUUUUUUUUUCCUUCUUUCUUUUAUUUUUUAGUGUGUCAUUAAUGCAAGAUUGUUUUGAAACGGUAAUCAAGAAGAAGUUGGGUUGCUUUGAAUUUGGAAAAAAGUUUCAUGUUUGGUCUGCUUUGAGCUUGGAUUUGAAUAAUUUUGGUUGGUUAGAAGAUGGAAGAGAUGUUUCCAGCACUUACUGUAUCAUAUAAACAGGGAAAAUUGAUAUAUGAUGAAUCAGUAUUACCCACAUGUAUUGACUUCGCUGGAUAUGAGCUGAUCCCGAAUACGACUAGCUUGCUAUCAGAACCUAACAAGUGCAAACUUCCUUGUUCGGUGUCCAAUCAUAGAGUGUCCAGGGACAAAGCUAACCUCUUUAUGACAGUUGCUGAUUGCCAUGAAAUCAGGAAAGGGAAGAGUUUUUCUUCGACAGUUGUAGCUAAUGGGAAUUGUUUGAUUGCUAGUGAGGUAAAAGAUGGUAGAUCUAUGGACAACAAUUUGAUUUCACCAACUGAUGAGCUUUUAGGAAAUAUGACUUGUUCUGAUUCUCUAGUGGAUGAGCGUGGCGGCAUGCCUAACCAAGAAUAUACAGAUUUGGAGGUUAAGGUUGGGAGAACUCCUCCUCGGAAUGAAGACAAGAAGGUUGGUGUAUCCCAGAUUCUGAGGAAGUCUUUUUCGUGUAAUUUGGCUAGCGAGUUGGUUAGUGAGUCAGAACUCGUAAGUGAUCUUGUUUCCACUAUGGUUGUGGGUGCUGAAGAUUAUAAAAGAAAAUUAUCACCAUCCCAUCUUGAGACCUCACAAGAGAUAAAGAUAAGUAGGCCAAAUGCCUUUUGUUUUGAUUCUGUACCGCUUUGGGGACUCAUCACGAUACAAGGAAAGAGGCCGGAGAUGGAAGAUACUGCUAUAGCUUUACCAAGGUUUCUGAGAAUCCCUUCUCAUAUUUUGACGGAUGCUUCAGUUUCUCAUGCCCUGAGUCAAACACUUACAGCCCAUUUAUAUGGGGUUUAUGAUGGACACGGAGGCUCUCAGCAGGUUGCUAAUUAUUGUCAUGAGCGUCUCCAUAUGGUUUUAGCACAGGAGAUAGAUAUUAUGAAAGAAGAUUCACAUAAUGGAAGUGUUAACUGGAAGGAGCAAUGGUCAAAGGCUUUCUUGAAUUGUUUCUGUAGAGUCGAUGAUGAGGUAGGAGGGUUCUGUAGUGAAACAGACGGGAUUGAGCCUGACCUUUCAGUCAUUGCUCCUGAAGCAGUUGGAUCUACAGCUGUAGUUGCUGUUGUUAGUCCAACCCAUAUUAUUGUUGCGAAUUGUGGUGAUUCAAGGGCAGUCCUUUGUCGGGGAAAACUGCCCAUGCCAUUAUCCAUUGACCAUAAGCCAAAUAGGGAAGAUGAGUGUUCACGAAUAGAAGAAUUGGGAGGGAAGGUCAUUAAUUGGGAUGGACAUCGUGUUUCUGGUGUUCUUGCAGUUUCAAGGUCAAUUGGUGAUAGAUAUUUAAGGCCUUAUGUGAUUCCAGAUCCAGAAAUGAUGUUUGUACCCCGAGCAAAAGAAGACGACUGUCUAAUUUUAGCAAGUGAUGGCCUAUGGGAUGUCUUGACAAAUGAAGAAGCUUGUGAUGUGGCCCGGAGACGAAUUCUUCUCUGGCACAAAAAGAAUGGUGGUACUUUGAGUAGCGAAAGGGGUGAAAACGUUGAUCCUGCUGCUCAGGAUGCUGCAGAGUACUUGACACGAGUUGCUCUCCAAAGGGGCAGCAGAGAUAAUAUAUCUGUGAUUGUGGUCGACUUGAAAGCACAGAGGAAAUUCAAGAAGAAAACGUAGAGCACUAAACCAUCCUCGUAUUUCAUUUUGUGGAUGUAACAUUGGAAACUUAUCGUACAGGAUGAUAAUCAAAUCAAAUCAAAUCGUACUCAUGUUGCAGAUUUUAGCUUCCUUUUUAAUUAGGCUGUUACCGUACAUGAUGGAAGUUAUUCUGACAAUAAAAAUU